UCCGGUGCUACUGUCAGGUCGGGAUGUGAUUCCCGCUCGGUCCGGAUCUCCCGGAUGGUGUCGGUCACAGCGCGGCCUGCAGCCCGGCAUGGCCCGGAGAGCGAGGAGAACGGCGGCGGCCCGGAUAAAUGAUAAGGAGCCAGAGAAAAAUCGUGAGGAUGUAAGUCAGAGGCUGCUGCCUGAUGUAAUUGGGAAAAGAAUAGAGGCACCACUGAGAAAAGAUGAUAAAAUAACCCUUAAACCAACAAACCCACAGAGUCUCUCGGACUCUGAGAAUGAAGAGCCUUUUUCAGGAAGGAGCCUUUACAAAUCCGCAUUUGUCUCUAAGAGCAACAUAAACUCCCUGUCCUCUCUGUCCUGGAACAUUAAUUCCAAGAUCGAGAGGAGCCAGAGCUGUAAUGACACCUUGAAUGAGCGCUGUACACGGGGCAGAAAAGCAACACAGCUUCCUAAAGCGAAGGUCUCUUCUGGGAGUUGUCCAGCCUCUGGAAUUCUGGGAAUUCUGUUGUCUACAGAAAACAGCCGAUCUUUCUCUGCUCCUGUUUUGACCUCGGAAAAACGUCUCGCUGUUACAUGUUUAUCUUCCUUUACCCCACUGCAUAAGCCAGAGAGAUCCAUCAGCCCAGAUAGUAAUGACAGCAUUUCGGAGGAGCUGAAUCACUUCAAGCCCAUUGUCUGUUCUCCCUGCACGCCACCCAAGAGGCUUCCUGAUGGCCGAGUCCUAAGUCCUGUCAUCAUAAAGUCAACUCCACGAAACCUGAGGAAGAGUCUCCAGAAGCCUACUACAUAUGAGGCUAGUCCAUUGAUUUUGAAAAAAUGGGAGCAAGUCUUUCAGGAUCGUCAGAUGAAGAAGACUAGUUCCAAAGGCACCUUGACAUCAUCAGUUGAUGGAAAUUGUCCCAAUGUAAAUAAUCCAGUGCCCUCCAGUAAGGAAUUUACAGGUUCAAAGACUGAGUUAAAUGUCACAGAUGGUGAUGGGUUUCGGAAUACAGAAUCUCUGGCUUCUAAUAAAGAAAUACUUUUGAACAAUAGUUCUGUUAAGAUUCCAGACCUUCCAGGUGGUGGUUUUCUCUCAAGUCCAAGCAGCACUAAAAAUUUGCUUAAAAGGGAUACAAACUUAAAUGUUGGCACUAAGGAUAUAGUGACAGCCCCACUAACCACCAACAUAAAGGCUGUUGCUAAGUGCAAGUGCAUAGAAACCAUUUCAGUGAAACCAAUGUUAAAGCAGCCGUGCAAAUACAAUUCUCAGACUAUUAACAUACAGAAUGGAAAGUGCUUCACGGCUGCUGAGAAUAUCAGCCCUGUGUUUUCUCUGCGCAGGGGUCAGAAGAGACUGUGUAAAACCAAACACUUGGAGCCGAAUGGCUCCUUUAAGAGGUUAAAAGUGACUUGUUCAGAAAGUUGCAGCCAGAAUUUUGAGCUUCUCUGGAGAGAGGCAGAGAAACGGCAGCAGGAGGAAGAGGACAAAGAGCUGGCAUUAAAACUCCAACAGAUGUUCGACAAAGAAACACGGACAGUAAACCGGUGUAAAGGCAGUCGCGAUGAAUAUCCUUUGCGUUCUAAAAGCACUGCCAGCGCAAAUUAGCACUUACAUAUUUUUCUGAGACAAAAAAUGAAUUAUCCAAAUGAUCUACAGGAAGAACCUCCUAUAAUAUAUUUUUUUAUACUUAAGCUGGUACUUGUAAUUUCAAGCCCUAGAAACAGGGCUGCUCUUGAGUCUAGCAGACUCGCCAGAUAACAAGACUGACGAAGGCAACAAUGAGAAUUGUUUCUUAUCACUGCACUUGGUGUUUGUGUACAUUACAGUUGCCUGUAUAAAACUUACACUUCUGGAGGUUACCUAUAUUGUAUCUCUGAUUGCUGCAGUCUAAGUGAUGUUGCUUGUUCUAAUCAGGUCCCCUGCUUUCUGGCAUUCCAUUGAAUUUCCUGUAAAUGAUGCCAUUACCCUGUCACUGCAAGGGCUUUAAAUGUAUCUAUGCAUACUGCAGCCUUGGGGGCAAAAUGUCUCUCCCUUCUCGCCAGCGAGGUAAUUCCUAGCCUUUGAGGAAGUUUGAAAUCUUAUCUGCACCAGUUAUUCAAUAACCUGAAUCACAGUUGUUUUGAGACUAACCCUGUUACUGCUCGUUUCCAAUAACACAAUAAACUUAUCAGUGAAUGCAUGGUUAGUCUUUUACUAGACAGUUUCCCACUCCACCCAGCAUUCAAGGUAGAAAUGUCAUGUUUCUGUUCUAGAUUUGUUUUUUGUUUUUUUUUUGCGACAACACAGUAAUAAAUGUAGCCGUCUUGCUUGAAAUGAUUUAAUGUAGUUUGUUUUGUUUUUGGAGCACAAAGCCGUGUGCAAGCAAUAACUUUUUAACCCACAAUUGGUUCCUUCUCCAAGUUUGAGAGACCCAAUGUUCUGAAAUGGUUCUUGCUUCACUCUGCUUCCCAGUGGAAUAAACUCCAGUCUAUGCAAUUCUGGCUCCAUUCAUUUCUGUGUUGGCUCCAAAUAAACACUUUAAGGGCACAUGGGGGCACAGCAUCUUAGGUGUGCGGAUCCUCCUUGUUGCAUCCAGUUAUUUUUUGUUUUAUUUUCUUUAGACUGGGAAUAAUGGGAAUAGAGCGUUAAUUUAUCAUUCAAUGUGCCAUUUUCCAAGCAGACUCCAGUAUCACAAUUGAGAGCAUAUGGGAUUUCUUAAAUGAAUGUAUAUUGCACCUUUUGCUUAUUAUGGUGAUCGUUACUCUACGAUUGGAGUAUAAAACUUUGAAAUCCAGUAUUAUUGGUAAUAUUAGGGGAAGAAGACACAUUAUGUAAUCAGUAUUUAUACUGUAUUUGUCAUGAAAAAAAUGUAUACCCACUAUUGUCCUAAAAUAUUGCAGAGGUGAUGCUACUUCUGUCCUUGUAUGAGGGUGGUUUUGAGUGCUGGGGUGUGCCAAGUGCAUUGUAAAGAAAUGUUUUACUAGCACUUAAAGGGUUAAUGGAUUUAGAUUGAGGUAAUCCCAUGGGCAGAGAUGACACGUUUAUAUCAGAGUUUGACAAACUGUAGGAGCUAGCAAGCCAUCACUCGAGCUCCUAAAAUAUAAAUAAUUAUUGUCAUCCCCUGAAUUGGACACGGAUCUUGUUCCAGAUGUCACAUUUUAUAAUUGGUAUGGCUUUUUUUUUUUCUCCCUCUUCUUUUGAAAUGGAUUGAAUGAGCACCCAGAAGCUGGGUAAUGUGUGGCAUUUUGGAUCCUGUCUAUUUAGGUUUAUAUCCAGUCUCCAAAGAAAUGUAUUUAUCUUCCUGUGAUGUGUAAUCUGUAUUUUUGCAGGUUUCUGUGCAGGAAAUUUUCCUUAUGAUGACAGAAUUCCACUAGUUGUCCUGGUGCCUUAAGUUGUACAGAGGGACUGGAUGAAUGAUUGGAAAAUUGAAUGUAACCUUCUGAGCACUGGAAUAGUGGAAUUUCCCCUCUGGAGUUCAUAGGGUUAAUGUAUAAAUGGAAAACGAUGCGUGUACGUGUAAAGCAUAUGCAUUGUGUGGAGUAUUUUGUAUGUCCUCCCGCACUGUACAGUAAUAAACUAUAACGACCUGU